CUUGUGUCUUGUUCCAGGAACUAAGAACUAAAUUAGAGUGAAGCUCGACGUAAAUGACAACACAAACGCGGUGCGCAAGACUGAGCAAAGAGCGCGGCCAGACCAGUCGCUUCGAGGGUCCGCAAACUCGACUUCUAAGCCUUGAUCACCCCCAAGGUCAUAACUUGAUCUGCCGGGCGAGACUAAAGAUCUAUUUGGACACAGCAUCGAAACACAAUGAUGUCUUAGCCUGCUCAUCUGGAUAAUCGAUACUAAACGGCUGCCAGGUCGUCAUCGGAGAGAGAGAGAAAGCACCUUGGGGCGGCAAAGCGCAACAAAACCAAUCAUUCUCGCUGGUUCUUGCUCUAACGUUCACUCAUAUCAACUUCAAACUCGCCGGUCCUGCAUAUCCUCUCUUUUCUGUCUUCACUCCUUGGUGUUCAACAAGCAGUCUCAAAGAUGGAGCAGCAACAAGCAAGUGAGAACAACGGCGCAGCUGCUUUGCCCGACCAGCACAACGCUGCAAACAACAGCAGUAACAAUGCCCCUGCGCCUGGGCCACAAUCUCUGCAGGACAACAGCACGCCCACAAUUGCACAGCAACUUCCCCAAGGCAAUGUUUUGCCCUUUCACGGCCAGCAACAAAUAGAUCCGAAUGGGUCUAGUCUUAGCUUCGGCAUGGGACACCUUGAUACAAAUGGUUUCAUCAUGCCCACGCAAGACAUGAGUUUCGUGGCAGGCGCCAACGGCAUGGCCUUUCCUGAUCCUAGUCUGAUGAUGAUGGCUGGCCAACCAAUGAUGGCUGGCAUUGCACCUCAGCCCAUGAACAGCAAUACCAAUGGCAUCACGGCAGACGAAAUCGCGCUCUAUGACCGUCAAAUUCGCCUGUGGGGUAUGCAAGCACAGCAGAAGAUUCGCAGCGCCAACAUUCUCAUCAUCACCAUGAAGGCACUCGCGAGUGAAAUUGCCAAGAACCUCGUUCUAGCAGGAGUUGGUUCUCUCACCAUUGUAGACGAUGAGGUGGUCAGUGAAGCCGAUCUAGGCGCCGGGUUCUCUCUGUCACAAGAGCACCUUGGUCAAAAUCGCGCCCACGCUGCCAGUGAGAACCUCAGAAAACUCAAUCCCCGUGUCAGCGUAUAUGCGGAUCCCGACAGCAUCAUGGCAAAGGGUGCUUCGUACUUUGCAGCAUUUGACAUCGUCAUUGCCACGGACCUUAACCCCACGACUUUGGCCUUCAUUAACACAGCAACUCGCCUCUAUAACCGCCAAUUCUACGCCGCAGCCUCACAUGGCUUCUACGGUUACAUAUUCUGUGACUUGAUCGAGCAUGACUACGUGCUCCAACGCAACAAGAGUAACGUGGAUACCAAGAUUGGAGAGGAGACCAGGACUCGCAGCGUCGUUGACGUCAAGACGAAACAGGAAGGCGAGAAGAAGAUUGAGAUUGUCACAAAACGGGAGCUGUACUCCACCUGGGAUCUUGCUUCUGAAACUAGUCUUCUUCCACUCGAGUACCGGAACUCAAAGAGACGCCUGAAGGCGGUCACACCUGCUUUAUCGUGCUUCCGUGCCUUGUGGAGAUUUCAGGCCGACCAAAAUCGCAACCCAGGCCCCAACCGAGCCGAUCUUGAGACUUUCACCAAGAACGCCACUACUAACCAUCAGCUGCUAAGCCUACCGACAGAGACCCUCAAGUCAGAGGUCUUGCGAAGCUUUCUUCAAAGCAUCGGCAGUGAGAUAGCGCCUGUGACGGCAAUCCUUGGUGGCCAGCUAGCUCAAGACGUCAUCAACGUUCUCGGUGCCAGCCAACCGCCUAUUCAGAACAUGGUCAUCUUUGACGGCAACAAAAUGCAGGCUGACAUGUAUGCUCUCCAUCCCGAGGCUACUGGUGGUCUGCGUCUUGGUCGAGCUCAACUAGACAUGGGGAUCGUCGGCAUGAACCAGCCUCUUCCGCCUGUUGACUUCAGCACAAUGCAACCGCAAUUUCCCGAUCCUGCAAUCUAGGAACACCCGCAGUUCAUUGCGGAAAUUGACCGCAUCGUCACGGAGACGGUCAUGAAGAGCAUGGCGAGUGGAAGAAAAACAGGACAUGACCAUUGACGUUCAGAAAGUUCUUCGGUUGGAGAGUCAUGGUCUAUUGAAAGCUGUGACCCAUCUGAUCUGGGAAGGCUUCGAGGCAGAGGUGAUGAACAAAAUUAGAUACCGGAUUCGAGGCCGACAUUGGAAGAUACCCUCGCACUACUUUUCGUGCUGCGAUGUUCGGCUUGGUCUGAUCCUUUUAAGUCGCAUACAUGUCUACUGUUGACAGGCGGUCGUGUACAUUAAUCACUUAUGAGUUUGGUGCCCUUCAAGGCCCAAGAAAAUUUCCUCAUCCACUA